AUGCCAAAGGUUUAUGACACGAAGCUUGAAGGUCAAGUCAUCCCUGGUUACAUCCAAAUCAGAUAUGAAGCUCGGAUCAAAGUUCAUGAGUUGAGGGACAAAACGAAGGCUGAUUUGUUUGCUCAGUUGAAGGAUCUUAAGGCUGAGCUCGCUCUUCUCCGUGUCGCCAAAGUCACCGACGGUGCUCCCAACAAGCUCUCCAAAAUAAAAGUGGUGAGGACAUCAAUUGCACAGGUGCUGACUGUUAUUUCACAGACACAGAAAGCAAAAUUCAGGGAAGCCUACAAUAACAAGAAAUACUUGCCUCUUGAUUUGCGCCCUAAGAAAACCAGAGCCAUUCGCAGGCGUUUAACCAAGCAUCAGACUGAAAGGGAGAGGAAAAAGGAGAAGUACUUUCCAUUGAGGAAAUAUGCUAUUAAGGUCUAA